AUGGUGAAAAGUUAUACCCGUUACGAGCCCUCAGGAUUCUUUGGGGUCGUCGCUUCAUCCGGGUGUAAUAUCGUAACGCAACCAUCUGAAUCGGCGAAAUCCGUAGGCAAAGCGAUUGUUGGAGGUCUCGAAAGCAUUCUAGAAUGGGAUCUCAAGACCGGUCAAUUGUCGUCUAAAUGGAAGGACACGGAUUGUUCAUUUAAUGUUUCCUGUCUCACAAAUCAUGGCGAUGUAUAUGCCGCUGGCUACGAGGAUGGGUCUAUUCGUCUUUGGAAAGAAGGGGAAUUGCUUUUGACUUUGAACGGCCACAAAAGUGCUGUUUCUACUAUGACUUUCGAUCAAACAGGUACUCGAUUAGCUAGUGGCAGCAAAGAUACAGAUAUAAUUUUGUGGGAUGUUGUGAACGAAACUGGCUUGUAUAGACUUCGUGGACAUAAAGAUCAAGUUACGAAGCUCAUCUUUUUAACCCCUAGUGAUUUAACAGCCGUUAAUGAACAGGGAACCACGGACGGUGUUGAAGAUGAUGCCUCAACAAACAUGGAAAUUGAUGCCACGAACGCAGACCAAUACUUGUUGUCGUCUGGUAAAGACUCAUUUUUAAAGCUUUGGGAUCUUUCAAUUCAGCAUUGUGUCGAGACACAUGUCAAUCAUCAGGGUGAAAUUUGGGCAAUGUCUGUAUCUCCCGACAGAAAGCGCUGUUUAACUGCUAGCAGCGAUGCGGAUGUCAAAGUCUGGGAAAUCUCUUUCCCCACUGAUGGAAACAUAACCCCUACAACCAAAGUUUUGAAAUUAUUAGGAGGUGUUCCUCGCCAAAGUCGUGAUCGUCCACUUUCCUUGGACUUUUAUGAUUCUGGUCGAUUUGUAGUUUUCCAGGCCCAUGAUCGUUUGAUAGAGAUUAUCCGCAUAAGGACUCCUUCUGAAAUGGAAAAAAUUAUGAGUCGCCGCCGUAGACGCAAAAAGACCGAGGAAGUAGAAUUGACUUUGAAGGAUGAAUUCGAACCUUUUGCAGUUAUUCGUGCUCCUUCCCGCGUUUCCUCAUUUGCCUGGAUUCCUCAUCGCCGUAACCCUGUAUUCGUCGUUGUUCUUCAGAAUAAUUCCAUUGAGGUCUAUAAUGUGGAUACCAAGGCAGAGGCUACUACUCCCCUUACGGAACGAACUACACGCACCAAUUCCAUUGAAUUGCCAGGCCAUCGUGCUGACGUUAGAACUUUAGCCCUUUCCUCUAACUAUGAAAUGGUUUUAAGUGGCGCUAAUGGUUCACUAAAGAUCUGGAAUCAUAAAACAGGUUCUUGUAUUCGUACUUUUGAUUGUGGCUACGUUUUAGCCGCUGCAUUUGUAAAUGCAGAUAAGCAAAUUCUUUCUGUUAAUAAGGCGGGGGAAAUUGAGUUAUUUGACGUUGCUAGCUCUUCUCUAUUGGAACGUAUUCAAGCCCAUAAUGGCCCUAUCUGGGAUUUGGCUAUUGGACACAAUGGAUCAUAUUUUGCUACAGCUUCUGCAGAUAAGACUUUGAAGUUAUGGUCUUUGAAACCUUCUUUCGAUUAUGCUCCCGGUACUUCCGUCAAAGUUUUCGCUUUGAGGAUUGAGCAAACCCGUCAAAUUGACUUUGCGGAUGAUGUUCUUGCGACCACAAUAUCUCCAGAUGGUCGCCUUAUCACUGCAUCUUUACUCGAUAAUACAGUCAAGGUGUAUUACUUGGAUACUUUGAAAUUUUUCUUAAAUAUGUAUGGACACAAACUACCUGUUCUUUCAAUGGACAUUUCGCACGACUCUAAAUUAUUAGCUACUUGUAGUGCCGACAAGAACGUCAAAUUAUGGGGAUUAGACUUUGGUGACUGCCAUAAAUCAAUUUUCGCUCACCAGGAUUCUGUUAUGAAGGUUGCAUUUCAACCUGGCUCCAGAAAUUUUUUUACAUGCUCUAAGGAUAAGGAGCUUAGAUACUGGGAUGGUGACACCUUCGAUUUGAUUUUGAAAUUGCGCGGUCAUCAUUCUGAAGUUUGGUCAUUAGCUGUUGCUCCAACAACGGUUUUUACCGGUUCGCAUGAUCACUCCAUCCGUGUAUGGGCACAAUCGGAUGAUCUAGUAUUUUUAGAAGAAGAAAGAGAGCGCGAACUUGAGGAACAGUACGAGUCAACUUUGGUUUCCAGUUUCAGUGCUGAGGAGAGAAACGAAGACGCAGCAGAAAACAAUGUUGCUACAGUGAAUAAACAGACUGUUGAAAGUCUUAAAGACGGUGAAAAAAUACUCGAUGCAUUAGUUAUUGGCGCUAAAGAUUUGGACGAGGAAAUUCAAUAUCGAAUUGAGAAACUUAGCAAUCCGAACAAAUCUAGAAUCCCGCGUAACCCAAUUUUAGCUCACUUGAAUGUUUCAGCGGAAGAAUAUGUUUUAAAUACCUUUAAAAAAGUUCGUAUAAGUCAUCUCGAUGACGCUCUGUUGGUACUUCCCUUUGACCAAGUCUUGUCCCUUUUUCGCUUUGUUGAUAUAUGGGCUAGCAAGAAGUGGUCUAUACCCUUAGUAUCUCGAAUUAUAUUUUUCUUAUUGAAGACAUAUCAUCGUCAAUUGACGUCUACGAUUAAAAUGCGACCUCUACUAAAUAAUAUUCGCAAUAGUCUUAGAGGUUCUUUAGUGGAAGAGCGAUCGCUAGUGGGUUACAAUCUUGCCGGCUUAACAUACUUAAAAAAUGAGUGGGAUUUGAAUCAUAAAACAUCUCUUGAGGAAGUUGAUAAUCCUUUGCUCGGAAUUGAUGGAAAGAAGCGUGCAUUUUCUAAUGUUUAA